AUGAUUCAGACCGGACAAGAUUUGCGCAAUUUGGAUGCCAUUCUCCAGAAUUUACAACGCCAACAGGAACUUCAAAAAAAACAGCUUCACGAAGCGAAAACCAUUCUUGCCGAUGCCACCAAGGCGUCAAUGGAUCAUAGCGAAAGCGUUCGCAAACAAGUGGAGGCCUUCAAGCAGCAGCAGCAAGAUUUAGAUAAUCGACUUAUGAUAGUGACCCAGUCAGACACCAGUGAGCAGGCGGUUAAGAAUUUCGAAACCAGCAUGGAGCGUCUUCACAGAUUGGAAAUUGCAAAGGGCUACAUGGGGACUCUAUGUGAAGUGGACUAUCUCAGAUGGUUCAGUAAGGAAACUGUUAAAUUACUUGCGACAUCUCCUCGUUUGGCAGUUCCUCCUUAUACGCGAUUACGAACCCUCUCAUCUGGCCUGAAAUUAGCCCAACCUGCAGCGGAAGGGGCGGCACCUCAUCUGGUCGCUUAUGCUUCGAAAAUAGCGAAUAUCCUACGAGACCAAAUGGCCAAAGUAUUUGAAGAUAACUUAGAAAAGGUCCUUGCGAAGAUGAAAUGGCCAGGGAACGAAUUCAAUCUUUCAGAUGACCUAAUCAAUGAGUGGACGGAUGCGGUCGAGUUAUUGCUGGAGCUGCAAGAACCUGAGCUGGAGAAUAGCACAUGUUUUUCUAGCUCGGAGUCUGCUCCAAGUUGGGAACCUCCUGUACUUCUCCCCCUCGAAGUUAUGUCUCGUCCGCUUGAGCUUCGAUUUAAAUACCACUUCAGCGGGGAUAGGUCGACAAAUAGGUUAGACAAACAGCCUGAAUACUUUUUGUCCCACGUUAUCGACCUCAUCGGCACACAUAGCGAGUUUUUUGCCGUACAUCUUCAGCCGAUACUCGACAAACGAGCUGAAUUUGUCGACAAAAAUCUCCGUUUGGCAUAUGCUGAUGCGGUGUCAUCCUUCAUUAACUCUCUUUUUCCCAUCCUGCGCCAAAAAAUGAGCUCUGUUCUUCCCAGAAUUUCCGAUCAUCCUCAGCUGUUAAGCCACUUUAUCCAUGAGUUAAUGAGUUUUGAUACCGAAAUUCGACAUGUGUGGGAUUACUCCCAGAACAGAUAUUCUUCAGAUAGCUGGAAAGGAUUAACUUGGGAGGCUCUCGUUAAACAAGGCUGGUUCAACCACUGGCUGAAGGCGGAGAAAGAUUUUGCGUUGUCACGUUAUCAGGAUAUCAUCGAAGGUGCAGACAGUGGGGAAAUAGAUUAUUAUGGCGUGGAGCCAUCUGCCACAAAGCCGACUAAGGCUGCGAUUAGGGUCAAUGAUCUUCUCGAAACAAUCACAGAGCGGUACCGUCCUUUAUCAUCCUUUAGUCAGAAGUUGCGGUUUCUUAUCGACAUUCAAAUCACUAUUUUUGAUCAAUUUCAUGAAAGGCUACGAUCGGGACUAGAAGCUUAUCUUGCGAUGAGCUCUACAAUUGGCCGCACUGUCCAAGGCUCUGCAGGUGCGGAUGCUAGCCUAGAAGGUGUGUCCGGUCUAGAGCGGCUUUGUAGGGUAUACGGCAGCGCGGAAUAUUUAGAACGGAAAAUGCAGGAUUGGAGCAACGAUGUUUUUUUCUUGGAGCUCUGGUCAGAACUCCAAGAGCGCGUCAAGCAAAAUAACCAUACAGGAAGACCUGUGGCAGGGUGUAUGAGUGUCUCUGAUGUUGCAGCCCGUACUUCAUCGGUAGUGGCCAACAAUGAAGACGGAGAGAACCCAGCCGAAGGGGCUCUUUUUGACGAAACGGCGUCCGCUUAUCGCAGGUUAAAAAUGAGGACAGAGUCAAUCAUAGCAUCAACUAUGGUCUCAAGUGCCCAGUCAGCGCUUCGCGCUUACACUCUGAUAUCGACAUGGUCUUCGCUUUCACCUCCGGCAAAUACCAGCGGUCAACUAUCACAUUCAUCUAUCGAAUUGGCCAUAAUUCUCAGAGAGCUCCCUGCCGAGAUCUCGUUCCUCCAUCGACUCCUAGCCAUGGCUCCACUGCGGCGAAUCACUCGCCAAGUACUCCUCUCCAUACAAACAUACAUAUGGGAUAAUGUGUUGAUGCGGAAUACGUUUUCGGCAAGUGGCGCAUCCCAACUUGGUUGCGACGUCGAUAGCAUCUGCGAGGUCGUCGAUGUGGCGACAGGAAACAGAAUGGAAUCCAAAAAUGUAAUGCAGAAACUUGUCGACGGAUUAUUCCUGCUCAAUUUAAAAAUCAUACAUACGCAGGAAGAUCACAACUCUUCUCCUGGUGGCGAGGAUGAGACAACGGGUUUGUCACUGUGGGAAGCAGAAAAGAGACUGUUUGCAAAUAAUGAAAGUGCGAGGUCAUUGUUGACUGAAUUGAACUUUGAAUCUUUGACGGAGUCGGAGGCGAGAGCAGUAUUGGAGCGAAGGGUGGAAUUACGACGCUGA